CUCGUAAUUAAAAGCCAUUAAAUGUUACGCAAAAUUAGCCAAAAAUUGAAUCGCUUUUUGGGCAUUUACUGGCUCCAGGGUGACAGCCAAUCCUGCAGUGCCAAUGAAUGAGGAUUGUGAAUUUAAUAAUGUGGACACCAUGCACGAUUUCUGCUGUGACUUACAUGACGAGAGUCGUCUGUUUACGGAAUGUCAAAUCAAUUGGCAUGAAAAGAUUCAUUAUACCAACGAUCAGGAAGAGCAACUCUAUAUGUUUUGUACCUCGGAAUGUACUUUCAAUAGCUCCGAUUUCCUAAGACCAAAUCGCCAAUCUUUAAAUCUUCGAGCUGUGCGAGAGCAUUUGGAAAGUGAACUGGCUGAUGAUGCGGAUGAGGCUCUUCUCUACCAGACAUAUAUCAAGUGCGAUAAACAUGCCAUCUCCUUGUUGCCUCGCCCAAGUGUUAAGCAAUUGGCCAAGCGCCUGACACGUUAUGGUUGUCAUCCGUAUCCGGGUUUGGUCAUGGAAUGUGUGUCCAAUGAAAUGAUACUGAAUUGCCCAGCUCAUCGUUUCCACGAGAGUCCCCAAUGCAAGACAAGCCGAGACUAUUUGCGGGAAUGUAUGCAUUAUGUGAAAUAUUAAUGGCUAGAGCGAAUAUAUAUAUAAAUUAUAUAUGAUUUAUUUCCUACAUACAUAUAUAUAAAAGUUAAUUAAACUACAAGUGCUUAACAAGAUCCCCUUCAA